GGUCAAAAUUUUGCCACCGAUCGUGUAUGUAAUGAACGCUUCAGACGCCUCGUGUCGACGAUCGGAUCUGGUUUAAAUCUGCGCAAACCUGUCAGUUGACUUCUACCUUGAUCUAGACUUCAUCCUUCAUACUGCCUCUACCAACUAAAUCCUGACCUGCAUCGACGGCAUCACACGUCAGCUAAUUGAAGCUUUGCUUUCUUCUUGCUUUUCAAACAUGUCAGAACCGAUAGGAGUACAGCUCAAGAACGAAGGCAAUGAGUUAUUCAGGAAGCAGGACUUCGUAGGGGCACUUGCGAAAUACACCGAGGCUAUUGCUCUGGAUGACAAGAACGCUAUUCUAUACGCGAAUCGUGCUGCUUGCAAUCAUGGGUUGAACAGAUACCUAGAUGCUGUCGGUGACGCGAAGAUGGCUACAGAGAUUGAUCCGAGCUAUGCCAAGGGGUGGUCACGACUGGCAGCAUCUCAAGAUGCCCUUGCAGACUGGGGGCGAAGCACUGAAGCGUGGCAGAAGGCUCUGAACGCACUCCCCAAAACCAACCUCUCUCCCGCGGAGCAGCGGCAGAAAGAUCAGUAUACUGCCGGUAUGAAUGCAGCCCAAGCGCGAAGCAAGGUUCCUAGAGACCCACCUCUUGCUCAUUUCAAGGCCGACAAUGGCAAGCUUCCUUGGCAAGUGGCGACAGAGAUGCUCCCUGAACUCCGGCAAGGGGGUCUCGAAAAAGUCUCCAGCAGUGCUUGGGUGAUCGCAUAUGCGUACGAGGAAUUUAUGCAAGGGAUAGGGUUUAUGAAUGACUUGAAAAAAGUGGCUCACCCUCAAGCCCCAGGAGGAUUUGCCUAUGGCGGAAAUUUGCAGGCCUUGACGUAUCUGACCAAUGGAUUGAUGCGUGACGAACGCGCAUUCCAUAUCGGUCAAAACGAUUGGAUUACCAAGUACAAUCAACAAGUCACAUUCGAAGCUACGGCUCGCCGAGCCUGGCACUCUGACGGGCUCGAAACUAUCAAGGAACAGGCACAAAAACGCCUGAAGGAAAAGGGUUGGAAUGAUGUGCGCCCUGCUUUGUCCGUGACUGUUCGUGCUUGGAUAAUGAGAGGCACGUUAGACAGCCAUUUAAGAAAUGAACCUCAAGCAGGUAUUCAGUAUUUGAAACGAACCAUCGACUUGCUUGAAUGGGGACGAAGUGUUUGGAAGAAUGUUAUCAAGACAGAUCGUGGAAUGAUUUUCGAGGAUACGUUUUUGCGAGGCGUGCGUAGCAUGCACCUCAAGAUGUUCAUGGACGCUUACGGCACCGAUCCUGGCUUGGAAUCCAAGUUCCCCCUUGAACAUCUGAAGGAAGAAGCUGAGGACCUCCUUAAAGACAUCGAGAUAGCUCUAAAGAAUCCUAGUAAGGAGGAAGUUGACCCCGGCUUCGUGUCGUCUUUUUGCAUCUAUCCUGGUGGAAUUGCCUACUCGAUGAUUGGAUUCUAUCACGCACAGACAGCUCGGUACAGCAAUGACCUUAUGGUGUGUAUGUUUAGCUUUGUGAACGGGGCAAAGGCGUACAUGCAGGCAGCUAGAGCAUACCCUGAGGAUGACGAAUAUCAUGCAUGGUACAUGAGUUGUGCCAUGGAUUGUAUGCGGAAUGCUGGUGUCUCUAUUCGCGACUUCAAUGAAGUUGCCAUUGAUUUACGGAGAUCCGUGCCCAAGAUGAUGAAAAUAUGGGCGGUCUCUGCUCUGCAGCAAGGUGGACGAGAUGAGAAAAUACAAGCAAACUUGCGCAGCGCAGAAAAUAUAAUGAAGCGUGUGGACGAAGGAAAGUUGACGCUGGAAGAUCCUGUGCCUUUGGAAUGAUUAUUGUGAUUCACGCAUUCUCAGUAGUACAUGAUAAAUGCUUGUGUAAUCGAAUGAUCUUAAGUGUGCUUUUACGCAUGUCGACGAGGUGACUAGACCGUACCGGUAUCGAGUUUAUUUGAACAUGCGACAGUAUAUUGUACACCCAUCUAGGUGACAUCUUUGGCAUGUAGUAACACGCGUCAAUUACUGGCAUCCACCAAAAGGUACGUUGGCAAGACCUACCGUUGUGAUCUAG